AUGGGGAGACUCAAAUACCACCCUCAACGAGACUACCGCACUGGUCGCCCCAUAGGAACUGUGGUGGCCGAGCUUCAGUCUGCUCAGAGACAAUCAAUCCUGCUACAAUCUACUGCCCCGAAGUCAGCCGAAUUGUUAUGGUUUUAUGCCUGCCCCGGCCACAAAAAGAACCCAGGAAGUGGGGGAUACAAUACUCCUUCUCCAUGGGGAAGAUCAACCUUCUACGAGGACCGCGGCUUCCAGGGCCGCCACUACGAGUGCAGCAGCGACCACGCCAACCUGCAGCCCUACUUCAGCCGCUGCAACUCGGUGCGCGUGGACAGCGGCUGCUGGAUGCUCUAUGAGCAGCCCAACUACUCGGGCUGCCAGUACUUCCUGCGGCGCGGGGACUACCCGACUACCAGCAGUGGAUGGCUCAGCGACUCCAUCCGCUCCUGCCGCCUCAUCCCCUAUGCCAGUUCCCACAGGAUCAGGAUCUAUGAGCGAGAGGACUACAGAGGCCAGAUGGUGGAGAUCACUGAGGACUGCCCCUGUCUCCAAGAUCGCUUCCACUUCAGUGACAUUCACUCCUUCCACGUGCUGGAGGGGUACUGGGUCCUCUAUGAGAUGCCCAAUUACCGGGGGCGGCAGUACCUGCUGAGGCCUGGGGAGUACAGGCGCUACCAAGACUGGGGAGCCAUGAAUGCCAGAGUGGGCUCUCUGAGGAGGGUCAUGGAUUUCUAUUGAAAUAUUUUUACUCUACUCUUUUCUCCAUCUGGAAGCUAAUAAAAUAUUUCCUGUGUGUUUCCUGCA